AUGAUAGGCAUUUCUCGAAGGCACUGUGGAAGUUCGUCGAAAAGCACAACAGCUUAUCGAGGAGCUCAUCUAUCCACAAGGAACAGGAACACGCUUCAGCAAGCGAGAAGAGGGCCGAACAAAGAGGAGCCGCUCCCUUUCAUUGACUGGGCAAAGCUGAUUGCAGAAAGCGAUCAACAGCGGGAAGAGCGUUGGGCUUCUCUUCCACCAAUUGUAAAGAAGUUCUACAUCGAAGAUCCUGAAGUUGCAUGCAUGUCUGUCAAGGAUGUUGAAACUUUCAGGUUGGCCAACAACAACAUAGUUAUCAAUUACUUGGGCCCCAAAGAGCAGCCCCCUGAUGACAUAGCAAGCAACCCUGUGACAACCUUUGAACAGGCGUUUUCCAACUAUCGUAAGUGUGCACUCUCGCUUGCACUUCUUUUACUGUCUGCAGUGGUGCAUGCAGUUUAUUCAUCAGCACCAUUUUGGCUGCUAUGCUGGCAUGCACCAUCUCCGAUUCAGAGUCAAGCCUGGCCCAUUCUGCUUCAAGGUCAAGACCUCAUUGGUAUUGCACAAACAGGCACUGGAAAAACUCUGGCUUUCCUCUUGCCAGCCAUGAUCCACAUUGACAGCCAGCCAGUCCCAAGAGAGGAGAGGACGGGGCCAUCUUGUCUGGUUCUUGCUCCAACUCGUGAACUGGCACAGCAGAUUGAACGCGAAGCCAGGAAAUACAACUAUCGGGGCAUUAGAUGUGUAUGCAUCUAUGGAGGUGGCAGUCGGCGAGAGCAGAUCCAGACCGUCAACCUUGGCGUGGAGAUAGUCAUUGCAACCCCUGGUCGCCUCAAUGACCUUGUCAUGAACAACAUCAUCGACCUCAAAUAUGUCACAUUUUUGAUCUUGGAUGAAGCAGACCGCAUGCUGGACAUGGGCUUCGAGCCACAGAUCAAGAAGGUGCUACUGGACAUUCGGCCAGACCGACAGACAGUUAUGACUAGUGCCACCUGGCCAGAGGGUGUGCGCCGGCUCGCGCAGCAGUACAUGAACAAGCCUUUCCAGGUGUUUGUUGGCUCCCUCGACCCUGGCGGCUUUGGGUCAGUUCCACCAGAUGGUGGAAGCGGCAAUGGGGACUCGAUCAUUUGA